GUCACAGAAUUGUCAAUCAAACAAGUCUAAUGUUUUUUGUAAAAAUAAAUGGGAGGUUUUUUGUAACUUUCAAUAUUCCUUGAAAAUUUUAAAAUCUUAUCUAGUUUUUAUGCAUAAAAACGCAAUUAAAAGAAACUGUCAUAUGCGAGUGAUCACUAAUUUCCCACAUUUAAAACUUCAUUGGCAAUAAAACGAUGUUGGUGUUAGUCCUUGGAGAUUUGCACAUUCCCCACCGCUGCAGCAGCCUGCCGCCGAAAUUCAAGAAGCUUCUGCUCCCAGGAAGGAUCCAGCAUAUAUUAUGUACUGGCAACCUCUGCACCAAAGAGUCUUACGAUUAUUUGAAAACUCUGGCCAGUGACGUCCAUGUUGUAAGAGGAGAUUUUGAUGAGAAUUCGACAUAUCCAGAGCAGAAAGUUAUAACAGUGGGCCAAUUCCGCAUCGGGCUCAUUCACGGCCACCAAGUGGUCCCGUGGGGUGACGAAGAGUCCCUAGCCCUUGUUCAGCGACAGCUAGAUGUGGAUAUAUUGAUUUCCGGACAUACACACAGAUUUGAGGCCUACGAGCAUGAGAAUAAAUUUUAUAUCAACCCAGGAUCGGCAACUGGAGCUUAUAGCCCGCUCUUCAGGAAUGCAACCCCAUCUUUCGUUCUCAUGGACAUACAGAGCUCGACAGUGGUCACAUAUGUGUACAAACUCUUAGGAGACGAGGUCAAAGUGGAAAGGAUCGAGUUCAAAAAAGCCCAGUAAUGUAAUCACAAAAUAUUGUUUUCACAUGUUACGCCGGCUAUUUACUAUCAAACUAAAAUGGAUGCAGACGCGAAUGUACAAUCAUUGCAUAGUUUUUUUUAUUUACCGUAAAGAAAACCAGCAAUGUAUGCAGAAUCUGCUUAAGUUUGCUGAUUGGCCAGCAUUAAGUGUUACAUGGUAUAUUUUACCGAUAUGGUAUGAUGUACAAAAAUCAAAUUGAAAGACCUUUUUAAUUCUAUUUUCAUGAAUGUCUCUAAUUUAUAGGCUACUAAAGAAAAGCUAUAUUUAUUUGUCUCGCUUUAUAUCUAUUUAAUUAUGGAAAAAUUAAGUGAUUUGAAAAAAGUGUGAUUUUUCCAAUAUUAUUUGCAAUAAAGAUUAGAUUCCACCUGAUUCAAUAUCAGACAGUAUGAUUUAACAAACUAUUAUUUUUUUAAAUUAAGCAAUUAUUAAGUAAGGAUUGAUUCUGUUAUAUAAGUCAUAUGAUAUAAUAAAGGAAAUAAAUUUAUAUGUACAUUGAUAA